AAAUUAAUUAAAACCAAAUAAAAGAAAAAUCGAAUUUCGCUAAAUCUACUUUGAGUUUUAUGGCAACCGAUUUUGAUAUAGACCAUCACGCCGCUUUCCGAAAAAAAAAAUGAAUUAAAUCGGAAAGGCUGGCAGCACGGCAAAAAGAGACGAUGUGUCGUCAAGUGAGAGCUCUCUCAAAACGGUUCGCCAAUUAGGAGCUAGGGCAAUUCCGAAAUUCGAAGAUAGCUAGGUAGCACAGUUGGAUGCGAUAAACUGCUCGACUCUCUCCGGGUGGCGCCAAGACCAACACCAGCAAAUAUGGAAUGCGGCCUUAGCUACGAAGAACGUGGGUUUUGGAAUAGGAUCAUCCGAUUGCUGUAUGAUUGUGGCUAUUCAUCCCGAAUAGUUGGGCAAACCUAUAUAAGGCUGCCCUGGCCACAUGGAAGGUCUCUUUGAUCCUGGAUAGUGAAACAAGCAACAAGGUGUUAUUUCGGCAGUGACCAAAUUCAAGUUUAAGUCUACGGACAAAAGUUAUAGUCCGCGAAGAAGUUAGUUGCAUUUUGCAAAAAGUGGUUUAGUUCACAGACAAUACGAUUUCUAGUGGGGGAGUGAUUAAUAACCCUAUUUACUAGUAAGGCUAGGAGUAGCCCCGGUUCUCCUUAUCGCUAACGUUGAGGCCGGUCGUUUAGUGAGAGGUCGCGAUACGGUUCAAAGUUAAAGACGGUACGGUGAUUGACCGCGGCGUUUGUAGACCGUUUUCGUAAGGUACCGCGAGUGAGCUAAACCCUAUAGAGAUUCCUCUCUAGUGCUAUCCAGUGAUUGCCGAAGGUCGUACGUCAACACACGACCGAAUCACCGUGAAAGUCCUCCGUGAGAGGUGAACGCUCCAAAGUCCGGUUAAUACCGGUGAAGCCCAACGAAUACCCACGGCCGGUCAGGGACCGGCGAGACCCAGGAAACCCCAUCCGCCGGUAGGAAUCCGGCGACGUCCAGCGAAUCGUCAUCGACCGGUUGGGAACCGGUGGCGCCACGUGGUACCGCGUGGUGGUGAUAUCACCCCGUCUCUUCAGCAGUGAGCAAGUGAGUCCGUUCCUCUUUUCCAACUAGUGCUUUGACAAUUUCAAUAAAUUAUUCGUAAAUGAUAAAAUAAAAUUAGCUUUCUUUGAUUUUGCCUAAAAUUUGCAUUGCUUCUUGUGUGAGCCGAGAAAUUGAUUUUCAGCCUCUAUUGUUCACGACGGUUGCGAAAGGUACAGGUGAGUAUCCACUAGUGCGGACGUUUGCCCCUGAGAUAAAGAGAUAGGUGAGCUAGUUGGGGACGUGCGGACGUCCACUUUUAAGACGUGUGGACGUCACUGAUAGUAUUAAUUAUUGACGUAAUUCUGUUUUGAUUCCUACGGCCAGAAUGAUCGGAGUGUUUUCUGGUGAAAUUCUUCGAGGAAUUUGCUAACAUAUUUCCUGGAAGAAGAUUAUUGCAAAAAUACUGAAUAAAUGUAUGUGAUAGUUUUCACAUACAAUGCUGGUGGCAAAUCAGGAAAUAUAAUCAAUAAUUAAGUAAACAAAUAAUCAUUAGGAAAAUCAAAUUACGUUAUAUUAACAUUAAUAGGUUCAUAUACAAACCACCAGAUUCAAAAUUAUCCGAAAUCCAUUAGAUUGCAUAUAGUUUAAUAUUUCGUAUAUAUAAAGGGUUUUUACAUAAAUUCCUGUGAAAAAUCCUGUUUAGUGGGAAUGGAUUACCCGCAGGGAGUGCGUUCAAUGUUGGUCAGCUGGAGUAAAAUAAUUUUAUUUUGUACACACUAAAAAAAUCUCAAUUUUAAUAGUGACACAAUUGAUCGAACUGCCUGAAAAAGCUUUACAUAAACAUAAAUGUGCCACAUUUUUACACUUUUUGUGACGUACGUAUUAAGUUUAUAUUAUUUGAGUUCUUCCAGCCAUAAUUUUAUAUCACAGAACUGAUAAUUUAGAUCUCUAUGCUGUAAAUUUACGCGAUAUGUUACAGAAACAUAAUGAUUACUGAUGUUGAACUGUCAAACAGCACCUUACAAAAUCAGAUGAAGACUGCAGCCGAUUGGAAAUUUGUUUAUAACGAAGGUGAAACAGCAUGAAAACCGCUCAUAAAUUUAACACCGAGUUGAGCCACAAACCUGGAAAUGACAAUCCGUUGCCAUCAGCCGAUGCAGUGGUGAACGAAAACAGCCACGCUCAGUCAAUCAGAAGGCGGCUUUGUCUGCUUGGCUGCGAUGACGGCUGUCUCAGUACAUACAUACACGCCAGCAGUGACGACACGACAGCCGAACUGGCAAGUGUGUUUAUGGUAGAAGUUGUUCAUCUUCGACUGUCAUCUCUUCAACGUGGUGAGUUAGCCGAGAGAGCAAGAUCGAAAACUGACACUCUGAGGAUCAAAGUUCGAUUCCCGAAUGAAACUUUUUGUAUUUUUUUUUUGUUUCAAUAUUCGGUGCUAUAAAUAGCACAGUUCUCAAUCAUGUAUACAAGCAGCCGACGCGCUGAGCUGUUGCGGUAAAAUUACAUGAGUCAAACAUUUUCCGUUUCCUGUAAAAAUAAGAUUGCACACAAUUUUGCGUCAAAUGUGUUGCUUUUAUAUGUCGGACUUAUAUGACACAAAAUUACAAGAUUUUUUCGAAGUGUGUAUGGCGAAAAGCAUCUAAACUCGAAUUUCUCAAAAUGAAAAGCUUUUACCGAAAAAAUAUUUGGUAGGCACCAAACCGGUCAUCAUUGUGCACAACCGCUACCAAAUAGUUUUUCAAAUAUUGUGUUCCACUUCGAGAAAUAUGCCUUUAGAUUUUUUUUCAAAUUUUGAAAAUACCUGCACACUACGGAAAAAUCAAAAUUACUCGUGACGUAAAAUUACUGCACAGAACGUAAACAGUUUAAUGACGUAAAUUUACAGGUCUUUUGACUUGAAUAUACGUCAUCCUUGUAAAAUUGAGAUCAAGGUGACGUAAACAAUUUGUGAAUCGUGAGUCAGUACGUUUCAUAUGACGAAAAAUCCAGUUAAAUGUGACAGAAAAUUACGUCACUUGGGCGUUUAAAUUUUAUGUCAUAUGUGCCGCUUUUAUAUGUGCAUCCAAAAUGACGCAAAUUUACAUGAAUUUUUCUAAGUGUGUGGGUAUUGCCAUAGGUUUUCUAUUUAUAAACAAUUUCUAGCUGAAUUUGUAGAGAAACUCUCAAACCCUGAAAAACAAAACUUAGACAUUUCUGGCGAAAAUUGUAAGGCUCUUUUUAGAUAUUUUAGGAAAAAAAAAAAUCGAUAUUUUGGGCUUAAUUUUUAAUCCCAUUUUUAAACUCACUUGGAAACUCGUGAAUAUUUAUUUAUGGAAACUGUUGCGUAGCGUACAAAAAAAAAGUAAUUUAUCCAAUUUUAGUCGAAUUCCUCUAGGAUAGGAAAAUGAAUCUAGGAUUUAAAAUGAGAUCUAGUACUGGUUUUGAGUAGCAUUCAGACUAUUGGAAUAACCCAUGGUAACGCAAAAUCAUGAGAUGACAAGAAAUGGGCUUAAAAUAAUUUCAGAAUAAGAUGUUUCUUUUUUCUUUUGACAUUCAAGAUUUCAGAACAAUGUUUCGUCAGCCAACCCUGAAGAACCCCAAGAAGCACAUAAAGCAAUUCUUCAGAUUUACAUUAGGAAUAAUGGUUAAAAACUCUUUUACAAAGUGCAUAUGUCUGUCCUAAGGAAUUCGUGCAAGAAACUUUUCAUGUUUUCCAUUAAUAACACCAGGGAUUAUGAAAGAUUUCAUAAAAAAAAUCUAAAGAAUCAUGUCUUCUGGUUAUCAACUUGCAAUUUUGCUUUGUUUUAAUGUCAUGAAUUGCAAGGAUUCUACGUAUUUAUUUAUAAAUUAAUCCAGUAAUUCUACAAAUCGUUACGUAGAUAACACUUUAAGAGUUCCCAGUAUUUUGUAAUCAAUUCAUAAUUCCAUAAAAAAUCCACCAGAAAUUCUUACGCGACGAAUUAAUUUUCAAUGUUUUUAGUAAUUAUUCAAAAAAAUAAAAUAAAAUGCCACUAUACGAAAUUGUUAGUAUGACUUUGGUGAUUGCAGAGAGCUUUUCUAUGAACUCAUUCUGAAAUUUCUAGAAAUACCGUUAAAAACUCCUGCAAAGCAAUAAUUUCAGGAAGUCCUUCACUAGCAAAUUAAGAAAUAAUUUUAAAAUUUCAAUGAAAACAUUAAUUGAAAUUUGUCCCAUAGCUCAGCCAGGUAUUUCGGCAAAAAAUCAAACUAUAACAAGGAACUACAACAGAAAAAAUCUGGAUAGAAUCUCUAAAAUUAAGUCAAUAAUUUCUCCAUGGUCUCAAUCAGAAAAUCCUUUUCAAAGUUCGUCAACAUACAAAAUCCCAUCGACAAGAAUUCUCUGACUACUACCAGAGUUCCAGGGGUUUUCAGCUACAAUAAGUUUGCUUAGUGUUUCCUGGCAAUAGACAGUCGAAACUCUGCAAACUAUGUGAUUCCUCGAUUAUACUCGAACUGUAUUUCUCGACAAAUAGCUUUGUAAAAUAUUAUGCAGAAAUUCAUUGAAAGAAGUUCAUACGUUUCUAGUUAUUUUAUUUAUUUUUUUUUUCAUUUUUUUUCAAAGUGAUUACGGCGGUAGCAACACUGUGCUUAUGUUCUACACCGCACCCUUUCCCUACAUUUGCUUCUAGGAGCCUCUAUUUUUGUUUCAACACACAGAAGUACGUAGGCGUGUGUGGCCCAAGUCGACACUGUUUUGGCCUGCGUUGAACAAAAAUAGUUUUAAUAAAAGUUUCCCUUUUUUUUCUUUUUGUCAAUUGGUUUUUUGUAGUAUGGUCCAUGUAUUUAGUUAGGUUCUUGUCAAUUUGUCAGUUAUUCGAAGUAGAUCUCCAAGGUAAUAGUCAAUUAAGUCAUUCUGAUCUGUUCUAUCAUAGUAGCUUUAGUCUUUGCUUUAUUGAAGUGUAGUUUUAUUGGAAAUAUGCUGAAUGUCGUUAUUAAAAAGAGACGUCUGGAACUGUGUCCUGCUAGUUGUUUCGUCAUGCACAUACGUCAUGUCUUAAUAAUGCCUAGGAGAUUAAUGAAAACACGUGUGUUUGGUCGGAUGUCCAUUGCGUAGAAAGUCAAGGAAAAUAGGUUUCUUUAUUGUCAGUUGUUAUGUAAGCAAGCCUCGCCAAGUUGGUCAGUUGAUUGUAAUAAAACAAAAAUUACUUGUCAACUAUUAUGUAUUCAUCCCCCUACAAAUACUAUGAAAAAUAUUCAAAUUCGUUCUGUCCUAUCGGUCCUACCUCGAUAAACCAUGUCAUUUUCUCAUGCGUGGCCUAGAAAUGUCAACUUAGUCAUACAAAAGUAACGUUGUUCAGUUAAUAAAAAGCAGUCAGCUUUUGUCCGAAAUGUCACGUCGAACGCAUUGAUGUCAACAAUGCGUUUAAAUGUUCGCACGUUAGCUUCGAAUCUAUCAGCACAAUUAAGUGCUGCAAAUCUCCUUCCCACUAUUAAUUCGUCGGUUUAUUUUAAUUGCAUUAUUUAAAGAAAAUAUGACCAACUAACAUGGUAAAUAAUCGACCAAGCGACUAUGACAUUAAUAAAUUACUAAUCAAAAUCAACCGAGAAACGUGGGAAAUAGAGCCCAAACAACAUUUUGAAGUCAGCUGGCUGUUAAAGGUUCCAAAACCUGUCACAAAUCCUGUAUUACUUUUAUUAGGAUUUGUAACGAUCAUCAAAACCUUCUCAAAUCCAACCGACUUGGAACUAUUGCUUGGGAAUAGACUCUACUGAGCCCUGGCGGAUCCUCCGUGUUUAUCGAGCAUGUCUGAUGCAUAUGAUCAGUCAUACUCCAUCUGCAGCAGCCGGUUCGUGAUGAACCGUUGGAGGCGCAUUAAAGUGUUAAAAAGGUGAUAUGUUUCACUAAAGAACACUACAUUACAAUAAUCAAAACGAAACUCCUUCACUUUAAUACCAUCAACCCCUGCGAACUUGGCCAGGGAAAUUCAUUGAAAGAAGUUCAUACGUUUCUAGUUAUUUAAAAUAAUAGUUUAUUUUACGCAUGAUUUUGAUGAUUUCUGAUUAACGUCAUUAUUAAGCUAUGAUUAACCAUGUAUCAGUAGGUCUGCUUCAGAGGCACGUUCUCCUCCAUUUAGGCAAUUUGUACUAAGUAACAGGCUAAAAAAAAUCUAAGAAAAUGUUGGAGAAGUAUUAUUCUGUUAUGUUAUCUCAGCGAAUGUUGGAGAAGUAUUUUAUGGCAAUAUUGAUAAAAUCAAUCAAAAUUAUGCUACCAAAAAUAAUGUUUGCACUUUUUUCACGUUUUGUGGAUUAGGUGGAUUAGGAAGAAAAAUUUCUUCGUUGCACUCUGAUGGCGUGUCAUGAUCCGGUGGGCAAAAAUAAUGAUUAACGUGGAACAAUUCGUCAUUGAAAUCAUCGUCAUCAUUGAACAUUUGAAAGCAGUUUCUUCGUUCCAAACUAAAGUUUUCGCAACGAAAAUGUAUUCACUGUAUUUAUUCCUCAUGAAGAAUGAAAUACAAUGAAUACAUUUUCAUGGUCAUGGUAAAAAAAAUGAUGUCGGAUGCUUGAGCCUUAAAAUAUUUUGGUCGUUAUUCUAAAGCUACAUCUAGGGUAUUGGUUCCCUUAUUAAGCAUGUACCUCCCAUUGUCAUCCUACUACGUUUCUUGUUUUUGUAUUUUUUGUUAGAAGUGAGCACACAUGAAACAAAAAAGAACGGAAUCAAUCGGUGCCGUAAUCGCUAGUUUUCGAAUAGGAUGAAUAUGGGAGCGUGAGAUUACUGAUGGCACUCGUACCCUAUCUCAAUUUAAAAGCUUCCUGCACAAUAGUACUUUGAAUACAUGAGUUGAAUUGAUUUGCGAAGAAUUUGCCGACUUUUAGAAUACACAACUACGGUCAGAUCAUAAUUUUUGACCAUCCUAUGUGCCAUAGUGUCACGUAGACGGUGUGACCGGAAUUGAAAUCACGUUAUGUCCAAAACAGAUGCCGCUUUCUAACAUCCUAAAGAGUGCUCCACUUGUUUUAGUGAAGAGAAGUAGGCUAUAAUAUCGUUGUAACCACGAGUGUACCGCCUCUGUUGUUACAUCAUUCUUUCAAUUAAAUGUCAAAACUUAUGAUGAUAAAAAGAUGAUUACGUACAGGGUUCCUGAUUUCAACUUUACUUAUUCUUCCACAUCCGAAGACAGUCAGCAGCGAACGGUUGUCGCUUUAGUUUGUGUGCUGACAAGCAAGAUAACAGAAAACUCCGGCGAACGAUGGAAAGCCACACUUGGAAAUUACUCAUUCGUCCACAUUCACAUCGCAAGCGAUAGGUAGUAGAAUAACUAGCCACAGAAUGUCAAUGUCGCGAGCGUUCGUGUGACCAACAUCUAGUUUGCCACGCCCUUACAGCGUCAAUACCGGUCCUACAAGUGUCAAACAAAUUUUUAUAGCCAAAACAAAACAUCCACAACAACAUGCGUAUUUAAAAAUAAUAGAUAAAUACAUCUGAGAUAUGAAAUGAAAUUAAUUAAUUUAUUGGCAACAGCGCCAUUAGCGAUCUAAUUUCUCAUACAUCUACUCAAGCGAUCGAGCGGUGAUGCCAUUCGUGAGUGAUUUACGUAUUUGAAGUAGGUAUAUCAGUAUGUACAUUCUAAACAUAUGUAAAAGAGCUGAUGGGAGUUUCAGUCUUUUUGGCGAGAUUAUAAUAUCUAGGGUGUUUCCCGAAGAAUAUGUUAUACGCGUAUGAGUAUCAUGGUUCAGUACAUCCUGUGAUAACAACUUGCGAAUGAAUUAUAUUGUGCUAAAAAAUCACAUUUGAUGGUAUAAAUAUCACAGCAUCCUGCAGUUCAAAGCUCCAGUUUAUUUAAUAGUUUCGACAAGGCGAUAUUGUGGCACUUGUGUCGUUGCAAGUUAGGAAAAAAUGGCAGCCAAAUUUAUCAUUGUGGCUUUUGCGUUAGGCUUCUUUUGUGCGGCUCAACCGGUAAAGAACGGGAACAUGCAAGUGAUACCUGGUGGAUACGGCUUUGGGUUUGAACUGCUGAUAUCCAAAUUAGAAAUUAUUGAACAGAAGUUGUCCAAGAUAGAACAUACAAUGGAGAAACAAGCAAAAUAUGUAAUCCGGUCAUGUUCGGAAGAACCGUCCAAAAUGUCUGGAAAAUUUCGAUUACAGCCCGAUGCCAACGAACAGCCGUUUGUGGGUUUUUGUGAGCAGGAAAAACAUGGUGGAGGAUGGCUCGUAAUUCAACAUCGUUUUGAUGGUUCGGUAAAUUUCUACCGUAACUGGACGGACUAUAAGAAUGGUUUCGGGAAAGUUGAUGGCGAGUUUUGGAUCGGGCUCGAAAAGUUGCACAAGUUGACAAAGAAUAAAAAUACUACCUUGAUGGUGGAAAUCGAAGACCACGAUGGCAAUUAUGGUUAUGGUAGUUAUAACAGUUUUGAAAUAGGUAAUGAAACUGAGAAAUAUGUGCUGAAACGACUUGGAGCGCAUGCAGGAUCUAUCAAUGAUUCAAUGAGAGUUCACGAGGGAAACAUGUUUACAACGCGAGACAGUGAUAAUGACAAGUUCAACGGCAAUUGUGCACAAGAAGAAGGUGGAGCUUGGUGGUAUAAGCAAUGUGGCAAUACGUAAGUAUAUUAAUAUAUUUUUACUUUUUUUUAAUUUUCGACGGUUCGACUUUUUUGGGGAUACACCCGAUUCUUUUUUUGCACGGAUUUGGUUUUUGCUAUAACUCAGCCAAUUUUUAACCGAUUGUCAAGAAAUUUUGUACACAUGUUCUGCCGUGAAUCGCAUAUCUGUCCCAUUUGCAUAGGAAAUCCAGCAAAGAUGGGACUGAUAUGCGAUUCACGACAGUGUAGGCACGGUUAGUACUAUCAGUGUACAACAUUUCAUGAGAAUCGGUUUAAAAUUGACUGAGUUAUAGCAAAAACCAGACCCGAGCAAAAAAAAAAAGAAUCGGAUGUAGUUA